AUCUCUGGAUAUAAUAAGGUGAAGCGAGCCAAGCUGCGUCCAACAUGACAACUCUGGCUGGAGCUGUCCCAAGAAUGAUGCGACCAGCUCCCGGGCAGAAUUACCCCCGCAGCGGAUUCCCGUUAGAAGUGUCGACUCCCUUGGGCCAGGGCCGAGUCAACCAGCUCGGAGGGGUCUUCAUCAACGGCAGGCCUUUGCCCAACCACAUCCGCCACAAGAUCGUGGAGAUGGCCCACCACGGCAUCCGGCCCUGCGUCAUCUCUCGCCAGCUGCGGGUCUCCCACGGCUGCGUCUCCAAGAUUCUCUGCCGGUACCAAGAGACCGGCUCCAUCCGGCCCGGGGCCAUCGGGGGCAGCAAACCCAAGCAGGUAACGACGCCGGACGUCGAGAAGAAGAUCGAGGAAUACAAGCGAGAGAACGCCGGCAUGUUCAGCUGGGAGAUCCGGGACAAGCUGCUGAAGGACGGCGUGUGCGAUCGGAACACCGUGCCGUCAGUGAGCUCCAUCAGCCGCAUUUUGAGAAGCAAAUUCGGGAAAGGAGAAGAAGAAGAAGCCGAGCUGGAGAGGAAGGAGGCGGAAGAGAGUGAGAAGAAGGCCAAGCACAGCAUCGACGGCAUCCUCAGCGAGAGAGCUUCAGCUCCUCAGUCAGAUGAAGGGUCCGACAUCGAUUCAGAACCAGAUUUACCAUUAAAGAGAAAACAACGCCGUAGUAGAACAACCUUCACAGCAGAACAAUUAGAGGAGCUGGAGAGAGCUUUUGAGAGAACCCACUACCCUGAUAUCUACACCCGGGAGGAACUUGCGCAAAGGGCUAAACUCACUGAAGCUCGGGUUCAGGUCUGGUUUAGUAAUCGUCGAGCUAGAUGGAGGAAGCAAGCUGGGGCCAAUCAACUGAUGGCUUUCAACCACUUGAUCCCAGGUGGAUUCCCACCCACUGCCAUGCCGACUCUGCCAACAUACCAACUGUCAGAAUCCUCCUACCAGCCCACCUCUAUUCCUCAAGCGGUGUCAGACCCAAGCAGCACAGUUCACAGACCUCAGCCUCUUCCACCAAGCACCGUACACCAAAGCAGCCUCCCUUCGAACCCCGAGAGCAGUUCUGCGUACUGCCUCCCGAGCACAAGGCACGGCUUUUCCAGCUAUACGGACAGCUUUGUGCCUCCAACUGGGCCCUCAAAUCCUAUGAACCCUGCCAUUGGCAAUGGCCUUUCACCUCAGGUAAUGGGCCUCUUGACUAACCAUGGUGGUGUACCUCACCAGCCCCAAACUGACUAUGCUUUGUCACCUUUAACUGGGGGCUUAGAACCAACCACUACAGUAUCAGCUAGUUGCAGUCAAAGACUUGAACAUAUGAAAAGUUUAGACAGUCUGCCUUCAUCCCAGUCGUACUGCCCACCGACAUACAGCACCACCGGUUAUAGCAUGGACCCUGUCACAGGAUAUCAGUAUGGACAAUAUGGACAAAGUGCCUUUCAUUAUCUGAAGCCAGAUAUUGCAUAAAUGAACUGUCCACUUCAAGUUAAAACCAGUCUUGAUUCUGGUCUCACUCCAAUGUUUGGAAUGGAGUGAUCUUCCCACCAAAAUGAGGCCCAGAAUGGAGCGAUCCAACUAGAGAUAAUGGGAGUGUUGUUUUCUUUUCUCCAAUCAAUCCUUUUAAUAGACGUUUGGACAUGUUGGGUAAAGCAGCUCAACAAGACAACAACCG